AUGGCUGGAAAAAGUACAAGAGGACGUCGGCCAAUCCAGAUGAGGCUGAUUGAAGGUGAGGGCCAUAAGCUCAUCACAUUCUCCAAACGUAGAUCAGGUAUCUACAAAAAAGCAAGCGAGCUUGUAACCCUUUGUGGUUCGGAGGUGGGAGUAACAAUAUUCUCUCCCACCGGAAAACCGUACUCUUUCGCCCAUCCAUCUAUCGACUUGAUUGGAAACCGAUUCCUCAAUCAAAACCAUCCACAAAAUGAUGGUGUUGAUACCGUGGUGGAGUCCUAUCGUCGACUCCGGAUUAAUGAGCUCAACCAACAACAGGAUGAGCUCGUUGAUCAAGUCAAAUCUGACAAGGCGCGAGAAAAAAUGCUGAAGCGAGUGACAGAAGGACGGGAUGGCCAGGGGUGGUGGGAAGCUCCAAUUGAAGAGCUCAACUUGGAAGAGCUUAAGCAAUUGAAGUCGCAAAUGUUGGAGCUCCAGCGGAACUUGUGGAGUUCCAUUAAUCAAAUGAGUCAGGGAGCUACAUCCAACCAAGGAGAAAGUUCAAAUCGGAGAAACAAUACUAGCGGACAAGCUUGA